GAAAGAGCGGGAACGGACCUCAGGCGCUGACACUGACAGUCCCUCAAGGGGUUGCUCUGUGCUUACACGGAUACGCGGGAUGUCUGUGGCAGAGGCGCAGCUGUAUGAGCGAGUCCAUUAUCGUCAUGACCCUCGCUGGCUACUGCCAGGGCAGGAGGACGGGGAGGCUUCUCUUUGCUUGGCCUGUGUUAUAGAGAUGAUCGAGGACGUAACUGUUUCAGUUAUUCGUAAGAAGUAUGUGUUAUCUGGCUUCCAAAUGUUCUUAGAAAACAAAACAUCUGCAGUUCUUGGAGUUCUGACAAAUGAUGGAAGAAUCUGUAUUCGCUUUAUGAGACAAUUGCUUGGGAUGUUGGUGAAUGUGGAAAAUGCCACUGCUUUAAACCUCAUUACUGAGGUUUUGGUGCAGUUAACUGUGAGCCUCAAAUUAGAAAAAUUUGUUCACUGUGUCUUGGAUAUAUGCAAAAAAGAGUUAUCGCAGGUUGGCAACACCAGAUUAAGCCUACCUAUGUUCAACUUUCUGGGAAAGCUUGCAGAUGCGAUGCCAAGUCUUGCCGAAAUUUUGGUGACUGAUCAUUACAACCUUGUUGAACACUUGCCAGAGGGAUUGAUGUGUCCUAAUGAAGGACUGAAGGCUUCUGUGUGUUAUUUGUAUGGCAAGCUUUACUCUUCACCCACUGCAACAGAAAAACUUAUUGCUCAUUUCACAGACAAACUAUGUGGAAUUUUUCUGUCUACGCUGGAAAAUGCCCAAACAAAGGAACUACAGCUCAAUUGCAUGGGCUUAUUGAAACAGUUGUUGAGUUUUGACCAGUUUGUAUCUAUAGUAAUGAAUUCAUCAAUAUGGCUGGAAGAUUCAGAAGAUACUCCCACAUUACAAGCACAGAAUCCUCUACCUCUUGUGCUGAAAAAAAUAUUACUAUCCAGAGAAGAAGUUUUACAGAUUGCUAGUGCACAAUGUAUUGCAGCUGUUCUUGUGCAUUCUCCAGCUAAAUAUGCUCCAUCCUUCAUACUUGCAGAUAUUCCAGAGUUUUUAUUUGAAAAUCUCUCAAACACAAGUGAAGCCCUCAUCUGGUCAAUAUACUGCUGCCUGCUACUUAUGACUGAGGAAAGGCUUUUUUUCUCAAAAUGUCACACAGCAUAUGGCAUAGAGGCUGUGUUAAGAAGUUUAAAACAAAUAUUGCAGAUCAAUAAUAUGGAACUACACAAACAGGGUCUUUUGUUACUUACAGAAAUUCUAAAGCGGCAACCAAUUGAAAUCAAGCUGUUUACUAACCCUGGCAUUUUCAAAGCUGCUGUAGAUGUACUGAAGGAGGCUGUGAACAGUCCUGUUCUGGAAGUCGCAACUGAAGCCUCUAGAGCAAUUUCUGCAUUUCUAAGGAAGGAUCACCUCAGCAUUCCAGUGCAGUAUGAUGAGUUAGAGAAGUUACUCUCUAGGAUAUUUGAACGCUGUGCAGAUCUUCAUUGUACAUCAGUGACUAGGAGACCAUCUAAACACCAAAUUAAUAGAGAUGAGAUAAGAAGUAUGUCGCGACAGGGUCAUCUUCUUACUAAUGCUUUGGAGAUCUUCCAUAAAGCCUGCAGAUUGUCUCUAGACUGUGGAUGUGAUUCUACAGCUCAUGAGAAUGCAUUCACUGCACCAUCUUCUGCGAGCACAGAUACACUGGAGAUAUUUUCUUGGUACCUGUUAAAUACAUGUGACAAUUUUUGCAUACCUACUGUUUUGAGAUGUUAUGAAUGGACACCAGUUCCAGCAACAAUGGAGAUAUUUUUUUCACUUCUUACUGAUAUAUUUGCAGUUGUGCCUAGUAUGAAGGAAAAGGUUUCUGUGAAACUAGCUUCUUCCUCAUUCAUCAGAUUGGCAAUGGAGGUGAAGUCGACAUUAUGUUCAGGUCAAAGGAACAUUAAUCUAAACAAUACUUGUUCUAAUUUCCUGUGCUACUUAUGUAGCACUCUGUGGGAAGUGAUGGCAGCAGGAGAGACCAAUUCUCAGAAAGAAGUAUCUGAUGUUUUAAAAAAGAGUAUGAUUGACAUUGAUGGCAGUAAGGCAGAAAGUAUUUCAGUUUUACUGGAAUCACCAAAUAACUGUACCAAUAGUCAGGCACUGAGAUGCCAUCAAGAGGCACUUCUUGUGAUUAUUUCUAUAGCUUACCUUAUGGAAGACAGAUUUAUACCAGAGACUGACUUAUUCUGGGCAAUUCUAAGUUUUCUUCAUUCCAUGCAAAGUCAAGGUGAACAUGUUUCCCCAUAUGUACUUAGAGGCGCUCUAUAUCUUUUGUCACAAUGCCAGGAAAAAUGUGAAACUUUAAAUACGAUUUCGCUAAAUGUGAUUUGUAAAAUAUUAGAAAAUGUUCCUGAAAUCCACCUGGUCUACUUUCAUCAUCCUAUUUUCCUCAAAUUCUUCCUCCGCUAUCCCCAGCUGAUGCAGAAAUAUGGUAGACAAGUGAUGGAACUUUGGAUUAUUCAAGAAGAUUGCAGUGUAGUGAGCGAGAAGAACCCAAAAGCAAGCAAUGUGGCUAAACUCAUGCCAGCUACCCAAUGUACUUCAAAUCCAAUACUAAGUAUACUGCACAGCUAUCCAAAUGUGAUUCUUAUUUUGUUGGAUCUAUUAUAUAGUGGUUCAGUGGAUUUGGCUGAUAAAGUCCUUGUCAUAUUACAAACUUUUCUACAUGAAAAAAACAAAUUUCCUGCUUCAAAUCUACUUAUAAAUUAUAUUCUGCAAACAUUGCAAGAAACCUUAAUCUCUUCAAACUUGCAAGAAAAGAAGAACUUGCCAUUGAUUCUCAGUCUUCUAUGCCUGAUGCAGCAUGAAAAUACUGCUGACAGUGUGAUGGAUGGCACUUACUUUAAGCUCCUUUACCAUGUGAGCAAUAUUUCUGGGAAAUGUAAUUCCAGCAAUGUGAGCAUUCUCAAGCCCGCACUCAACUUUCUACACUGUAGCCUUCAUCAAGCUAGUACAAGCUGGAAGAAAAGAGCCACAUCAGUGCUGCUCUCUAACAACUCUCUGAUUGAGCUGUUAGAACAAAUACUGGAAAGAACAUUGGAUGGAGCUAAAACCUCUGCCAGUGAAUUGUGUGAGACCCUCUGCUGCUCUGCCUGGCAAAUAACUUCCUCCCUGAUUUGUUUCCAACAGUGCUAUAACUUGCAGGUACACAAAACUGUUCAUGUAAAUGUGCAUAAUGUGGUGAAUUUAAUUUCAUUUAAGUAUAAGGAUACAUCAUCCUUGCUAAUGGUUAGUCUUCUUCAGCUGUUUAAAUCAUUACUGAGUCAGAAAUUCUCCUCACCUCUUGUCACCAUGCUUCCAGAAAAGGACAGUCAGGUCCUGACAGAUAUGGAAGCAGCUAUUCAGCCCUUGUCAACACAGAGCACACUUUACCUUGUUGCUGCUUUACAGAAUCUCAUGAUACAGAAAGACACACUCCUUGUACAGGCAACUAUAGAUUGUUUUGGAUCUCUUUUAGAUUUUUUGUACGACAAAGCGGUUGACCUUGCUCUUCAUGUGGCAUCACAGCCAUGGAACAGAUCUGUGCUUCUUGUAUUUUUACAUUGCAAGGAAAAUGGCUACUUACAGCCUGGUGUUCUUCGGUUCAUGGCACUGUUUGUGAAAUAUGAGAUCAUGAGCAUUCUUACUCUGGAUGAAAUAAAGCAAAUUAUUGAUGAGGCAGCAAAACUGAAUCUAUCUGACCUUCCAUAUACUGUUGUGCUGGAUUUACAGUUUUUCUUGGUGGAGUUACGGAACAAAAAGUUAGCAGAUGAAUCUGCUAACAGAUCAAUAAUUCAGGAACUUUUGCAAAAAAUUGAUGAUAUUCAGGAGUCAGCUUCCAGCAAUAUAUCAUGUGUAGAUGGCAUUGCGAAGCACCCAUCUCAUGUAGCAGAAUAAAGCAAAAAAUGUCACUACAGUAUUUCAUGCCAGUAAUUAAUCAACGUCUGUCAAGUCUGUAAAUGGAAAUCAGUAAUAAUAAUAUCGUCCAUUCUGAAAUAAUAAAAUCGUUUUCUGUUAUUAUAAUAAAAGUAUGUUUUUGUAGUUAUUUGUAAAAAUACAAUUUCUUCAGUGUUCAUGCCCUUAAGUCUGCCUAAUAAUAUUGCAUUGGUAUGAAAUAAAAUGUUUUGUUAAGGUAACAAGAUACUACAUAUUAUUUACAAUUACAGCUAUCCAGUAAUGCACACCACAUAAUAAACAGCCCAGGCCAUAGUGCAAUAACAACCUACAUACUGUGUUAUUACAGAAGAAACAUUGUACUCAGGGCUAAUAACAA